AUACAUAUAUACACACUUGGAAUUGGGAUUAAUAAUAAUAAUAAAUAUAUAAAUAAAAAUGGAGACGACGAUUCGUAGAGAUACAGCAGCAGGAUCCUUUUCUCAAACAGAAAUUAAUUGGGACAAGCUUGAUAAAACUAAGUUUUAUGUCGUAGGAGCUGGCAUAUUCACUGGCCUUACGGUUGGACUAUACCCAAUAUCUGUUGUAAAGACUCGGAUGCAGGUUGCUACAAAAGACUCUACCGAAAAGAGUGCAUAUGCUGUUAUCCGGGGAUUGUUGAAAGCAGAAGGCGUUCCCGGUUUAUACAGAGGUUUUGGUACAGUCAUCACCGGAGCAGUCCCCGCAAGAAUUAUAUUUCUUACCGCAUUGGAGACCACAAAGGUUGCUGCUUUCAAGAUGGUUGAACCAUUUAAACUUUCAGAUCCUACAAAGGCUGCUAUAGCUAAUGGACUUGCUGGGAUGACAGCAUCUCUUUUUUCUCAAGGUGUCUUUGUUCCGAUUGAUGUGAUUAGUCAGAGAUUGAUGGUUCAAGGAUAUUCAGGCCAUGCUAGCUAUAAUGGUGGCCUGGAUGUUGCUCGGAAAGUCUUAAAGCAGGAUGGCAUUCGGGGCCUAUAUAGAGGAUUCGGUCUAUCUGUCAUGACCUAUUCCCCUUCUAGUGCUGUUUGGUGGGCCAGUUAUGGUUCCAGUCAACGUGUUAUAUGGAGUCUAUUAGGUCAUGGAACUGAUAGCACUGGAUCUCUUCCCACCCAAGGGACAAUAGUUUUAGUUCAAGGAGCUGGAGGAAUUGUUGCUGGUGCUGCAGCGUCCUGCAUCACAACUCCCCUUGACACUAUAAAGACUCGUCUACAGGUAAUGGGACACGAGAAGCGACCCACUGCACGCCAAGUUAUUAAAACAUUGAUUGCGGAUGAUGGCUGGACAGGUUUCUAUAGAGGGAUUGGUCCGAGGUUUUUUAGCAUGUCAGCAUGGGGAACAUCCAUGAUACUUGCAUAUGAAUAUUUGAAGCGGAUAUGUGCUCAAGAUUCAUAGUGAAGUCCACCAACGAUCGACCAGCUUCUAGCCAUGGUCUUUGUUCAAUUGAUACCAGAUACUUUUAUCAUUCUUUUACUCUUCUAAGAUGCAUGUAUACACAUACAGAUAUAGUGUCUGUUGACACAAGGCCCUCUUGGUUUACAUGAUGAGUAGGACUAGAUCACAUAAAAGCAAAUGUAUGAUUCAUACAUUAUUUUUCUAACCAUUUUUUGCUUUAAUAGAAUUGGAUUAAUUCAAGGCUGUAUUCUGUAAUCCCAUUCUUAGAACAGAAAUGAUAAGUAGAUGCUUUUUCCUUC